AUGGGUCCUCAAAGAAGGUUGAGGAUAUAUGUUGGAUAUGAAUCUCCUUCUAUUAUAAAAUAUCUAGAGCCGAUGACUGGAGAUUUAUUUAUGGCAAGAUUUUCUUAUUGCCAUUUUGAUGAAUCAGUAUAUCCAACAUUAGGGGGAGAAAAUAAGCAACUGAAAAAGGACAUAGAUUGGAAUGCAUUAUCACUGUCUCAUUUAGACCCUCGAACAAAUCAAUGUCAACAAGAGGUUCAAAAGAUUAUUCAUUUGCAAAAUAUUACAAACCAAUUGCCAGAUGCAUUAACUGACCUACCAAGGGUGACUAAGUCUCAUAUUCCAGUUGUUAAUGCUCCAAUUCGAGUUGAUAUCCCGGUAGGACAAUCAACUAAAGCAAAUGAGUCUAAGCCACGCUUGAAACGUGGUAGACCAAUAAGUUCUAAAGAUAAAAAUUCGCGAAGAAGAAAAGGAGCAAAUGAUCAAAGUGAUCAUAACACGGAAGUAGUGGCUCAAGAAGAGCCCCAAGACGUAAAAAAUGAUAAGACUGAUAAUAGGUGA